GGAGUCUAAAUAAACUUAUCUUAUCUAAUGGCAGAAUGGUGUUUGAAGUAGCCUACCGUACGCUCAAACGCUAUGUCAAAAAAUGGAUUCCCGGUACCGUAGUCAAAUACUGUAUAAAUUCAUCAAUACCGGUAUUGUCUCACACUCUGUUAUUAUCAAUGUUCUAAAUUUUAUUUGUGAUAUACUUUUCAGUCGUUUUAUAUUUUUUGUUGUGCACUGUGCCCAACUUUUUUAUUUGAGACAUAGCCAUAAAGAUGGAUGUGCCUCAGCAAUUCUUUGAGUCUUUUUUGGCCGACCAGAGAUAUAUCUUGGGAAGCUUCUUUGGAUCAUUUCUCCUGCUCGUGGCGUACUUGAGGUAUAAAGGAAUAGAAUACAUUCUCAUCCACUAUCGAUGGGUUUUUGUGUGCUUUUUGCUCCUGCCCGCUUCGUUCAUUUUUGAUAUAUUCAUGUACACUCGAUCGUGGAUCAUUUUCAAACUCAACAGCGCUCCAAAAAUGCAUGAUGCUCGAGUAAAAGACGUCCAGCAACAAGUUCGAGAAUGGCAAAAAAGGGGAAAUGGAAAAACGAUGUGCACAGCAAGACCUGGAUGGUCCACUAUAUCUGUCAGAUUAAGCAAAUAUAAAAACGACAUGAAAAAAAUUAAAAUCAAUUUAAUGGAUGUUUUGGAAGUUGAUACGGAAAGAAAAGUCGUGCGUACAGAGCCUCUCGUCACAAUGGGCCAAAUUUCGUCAUUGCUUUUGUCACAAGGAUGGACGUUGCCUGUAUUGCCCGAGAUGGAUGAUCUAACAGUUGGAGGGUUAAUAAUGGGAACGGGUGUCGAAACCUCAUCACAUAAAUAUGGAUUAAUGCAACAUGUAUGUGUUGCAUAUGAAUUAGUGCUCGCUGAUGGAAGUUUUGUACGAUGCUCCAAAGAUGAAAACACAGAUCUUUUUUACGCUGUUCCCUGGUCUUAUGGUACUUUAGGAUUCCUCGUCGCUGCUGAAAUUAGAAUCGUCCCCGCCAAACCAUAUGUCAAAAUCAAUUAUCAUCCCGUCCACUCGGCCAAAGAUGUCACAGAGAAAUUUUCUGCAGAAUCUUUCAAAACAGAUAAAAAUGAUUUUGUUGAAGGACUGGCGUAUUCAAGAGAUACUGCUGUCAUUAUGACUGGCAGUAUGGUUGAUACAUUCGAAGAAGGAAAACUGAAUCGAAUAGGUCGUUGGUAUAAACCUUGGUUUUUCAAGCACGUUGAACAGUUUCUGAAAAAUGGGGAAGCUGUCGAAUAUAUCCCAAUUCGUGAUUACUACCAUCGUCAUACAAGGAGCAUUUUCUGGGAAUUGCAAGAUAUCAUUCCUUUUGGAAACAAUCCAGUUUUUCGCUUUUUAUUCGGAUGGCUCGUACCACCGAAAGUGUCUUUGUUAAAACUGACUCAAGGCAAAACAAUAAAACGUCUCUAUGAGGAACAUCAAGUUAUUCAAGAUAUGUUAUUACCAAUAGAAAAACUGGGCGAUUGCUUGGAUAUUUUUCACAAGGAAAUUAAAAUGUAUCCACUCUGGCUGUGUCCUUUUCGACUUCCAAAUGAUCCCGGUAUGGUACAUCCAACUACCGGAAAAGAGGAAAUGUACGUUGAUGUGGGAGCAUACGGAGAACCAAAAGCUUCUGGUUUUCAUAAUGUUCGUACAACUCGUCGUCUUGAGAAGGCCACGAAAGACUUGGGUGGAUUUCAGAUGCUUUAUGCAGACAGCUACAUGACGAGAGAAGAAUUUUAUGAUAUGUUCGACCACAGUUUGUAUGAUAAAAUGCGGAAAUCUCUUCCAAUGUGUGAAAAAGCACUUCCAGAAGUUUACGAUAAAGUCCACAAAGAGUAACUUUAAAUUGUGAUUGAUGCGAUAAAUUGGGCUUGUGAUUGUCUCAACCAUCAAAAUAUGUUUACUAUUUCCUGAAUACCAAAAAUACCAAAACACAUUAGGUAAUAAUAUCCAAUGGGAAAAUUUCUGAAAAUUUUUUUUUUUGUAGUUAGAUUUUCUUUUGUACAUCACAAUUUCUGAGAUUUUUUUUUUUUGUAGUUAAAUUUUCUUUCUUUUGUACAUCACAAUUUAUCCGUACUAUUUGUUAGUUAUUAAAAUCAGAUCGAUUGUUAAAACUUUGUAAAAUAAUGUUAUGAAUUACAGAAUAUCAAAUAUAUUCAAAAUUUGGCCAUGUUCAUAAAAGAAAAUGUUAAAUUUAAGAUAAAAGUGAUUUGAUUAGUCUUAAGAAAUUAAACGAAUAACUUCAAAUUUGAAUAUUCAACUUGUUUUGGGCACCUCGCUUUAUUAAUCAUUCUUUAUGAAAGGUUUGAAACUUAUUAGAUAUCGUACUACCUAAUUUAUAUUUACCGUAGUUAUGUAUUCUAUAGCACAUUAUAUACUUAUGCUUUGUAUAAUUUCAUGCACCUUAUAUAUCCAAUUGCAUAUAGUUCUAAAACUUUUAUUCAACACAGUACACAUUUGAAGCACUAAAUAUUAUGAAGCAAGUUUUCUCAUGUAAAUUUAUAUAUAUAUAUAUUAUCUAUACAAACAUACUUGAAAUUAUGACCUUGAGAUUUUUCUAAUUUUUGAUGCAGGGUAAUUUUUAUUUAAUUACUGUUAAUUAUUGUGAUCCGUAAACAAGGUUUUCUUUAAUUUGUAACAUAAUUUGAAAAUUGAAUUUUAUUUUAUUUAUGGUGUAUUAUUGUCUAUGAAGCUGUACUUCAGUUGAGAUUUAAAAUUUAAUACUCUUUUCGUUAUUCGAUGGUUAUGUAAUUCUGCAAUAUCGAUGCAUUUGUUUUGUGAAAAUAAACUAAAUAUCAAUCGAUUAAAACGAACAAUCGCAAUUGAAUGGCCAAUGAGCUAACUUUUUUUAUCAAUAUUAAUUUUUGACAAAUUUGAUAAUAUCGUGUCAAGUUCUCAACAGGGACAGAUAAGUUUAAAUUUCUGCGAUGAACUUGAAAUCAUUUCAUAAUGCACUGUUUCUUUACGGACGUACAGUCUGGGGAACGACUGCACUAUGGCAUCAUCAAAAACCAAACUCUCAAUUAUGGAAAAAUUUCUUUUCUAGUUUCACUCUUGCAAUAGCAUUCGUCCAUGGAAACAUUUCAAAAUUUAUUAUUUCAGAGUAAAUAGGUUUGUACUCUGAUUCCAUGACAACUCAUAUUCUGCCAAAAUAAUAUGCCAACUUUGGAGCCAUAAAACAUACGUAGUAUAUUUCUAAUUAUUUUUAUUUUUACAAUUUAUUUUUAAUUUUAUAUGAAGCCUAUGACAUUUUUUUGCAAAUUGAGGUCUGUGCUUUCCUUAGCUGAAUAUCAACGUAAAACAAAUAUUGAUAUACUUCAGACUAUCUUUUAAGUUUCUUUUCAAUAUUUGUUUAAACUUUGUCCUUCAUUAUGUUGUAUAAGCUUUUCCUGUAUGGCAGUCUUGUUGUAAACAGUUUAUAUAUCGAACAUUUUCAAUUUUAAACAGCCUAUGACGUUUUUUGCAAACUGAGGCUUUGUGUUUUAAAUAAUUGAAUAUAAGCAUUAAACAAAUAUGGAUUCGCACAACUUUCAUGGUCGCAGGAAUUUGAACGUAACGACAGCCAACAUAUUGAUUUGUUUAAAUCAUUCAGCAGUCAGCGACAUCCUUCAAAACGUCCUUCAAGUAAUAUCCUUUUUACAGUUAAAAUAAAAGCUCACUGUGUUAUCUAUUGACCUCCAGCCAAAAAAUUCAAAUACUUCAUUUAUAAGCCAGGAAUAACUUAAAACACUUCAAUAUACCUUUACAGCAGUUGUACUUAUGAUUAUUAAUAUAUGUCAUUGUUGUGUUUAUUUCAUUGUUUAUUUGUAGGAGCCUAGGUAGUGCUAAUUUAUCGUAGUGUUAUUUAGAAUUAACUUUAUGUAGCUGUUUGUAUUGGGUUUAAUAAAAACUUGAAAAUGGUG